AUGAGUACGACAACUCGUUUACGCGUAGUUUUUGAUGGAAGCUGUAAGAUGUCUACAGGGUGGUCGCUCAACGAUCUACAAUAUAUCGGCCCUAAAGUUCAGAAUGACAUUAUAAACAUUCUUUUACGAUUCAGAACAUAUAAAUUCGUGGUUUCCGCUGACAUAUCAAAAAUGUAUCGUCAAAUUCUCAUAGAUCGAGAGCAUAGACCUUUACAACAGAUACUAUGGCGUGAUAACCCCAAAAGUAACUUUUGCACUUAUCACUUGAAUACAGUUACAUAUGGAACUCGAUCAGCUCCAUAUCUGGCUAUCAAGUGUAUUAAGACGCUAGCGGAACACAAUAUGAAUCAAUAUCCCAAAGCCUGUGAAACAAUACUAAAGGACAUGUACGUGGACGAUUUGUUGACCGGUUCUAACGAUUUAAUAGAAUUACAAAAAUUAUGCAAAGACAUAUAUGAUGCCUUAUCAUCCGCUAAUUUCAUUUUAAGAAAGUGGAUUUCUAAUAAUUUUCAAGUAGUUUGUGGCUUCAAAGAUAACAAUAUCUCAAAUGCAAUUUUAGAUAUAGGUGAUAAAGAAAGUUGUAAAACUUUGGGAAUCCAAUGGGACAAUAAAAAUGACAUUCUAAAAUAUACAAUUAAACAAUUUACCCAUCGAAACACAAUUACUAAACGUCACAUUCUUUCAAUUAUUGCUCAAAUUUACGAUCCUUUAGGGUUAUUGAGCCCUUCAAUAGUUAUUGCAAAAUUAAUAAUACAGAAAUUAUGGUCCCUACACAUUAGAUGGGAUGAGCCUAUUCCACAAGAUAUAGAACAAACUUGGUAUCGAUUUCAGAAUGAACUUGGCAGUUUAAAUCAAUUAUCUAUUCCUAGAAAUGCUAUUUAUUUAAACUAUGUACUUACAGAUGACCAUUGCUUCUGCGAUGCAUCGAGAGAUGCAUAUUCAUGUUGCAUAUACUUACGUAGUGUUGACGAUAGCGGAAAUUAUAACGUUCAAUUACUAUGUGCCAAAACCAAAGUGUCGCUACUGAAGACAAUAACAAUUCCAAAACUUAAGUUGUGUGCUUGUCUUCUAGGAGCACAACUAGUAAAUACUGUGGUCAAUGCCCUCAAUUUAAAAAAAUAUUCAUUAUUGUUUGUGGUCCGAUUCUCAAGUCGCCCUAUGUUGGAUUAA